AUGACCCUCCGAUCCCUCCCCCGCCCAGUUAAAAUCGCAGGCACGCUCACAAUAACCGGCCUCGCCCUCUACGCCCUCACACAAUCCCGCUCCAGCAACACCACAGAAACAAACCCACCGGGGGUCUUCUCACAAUGGGGCCCCAAGUCGCUCCGUGUGCGCAGCGUCGACACCGUCAACCAUAAUACCAAGCGGCUGGUGUUUGAGUUUCCAGAUGCGCGGGCGAGUAGUGGGUUGUCGUUGACUUCGGCGGUGCUUACGAUGUGCAGGCCGAAGGGUAGUUGGGUUCCUGUGAUAAGGCCGUAUACACCUAUUAGUGAUUUGAAUAAUCAAGGCCACCUCGAACUAAUGGUCAAACACUAUCCUAACGGCAAAGCUAGCACCCACAUUCACACCCUGAAACCAGGAGACACUCUUACAUUCCUAACCUCCCUCCGCGGCUUCGCUUGGAAACCCAACCAGUUCCCGCACGUAUACCUCCUCGCCGGCGGGGCGGGCAUCACCCCCAUCUACCAGCUAAUUCGAGGCAUCUUCAACAACUCAGAUGACAAGACCAAAGUGACGCUCGUGUUUGGCGUUAAUACCGAGGAGGAUUUGCUCUUGCGCAGCGAGCUUGAGGAGUAUGCGCGGCGCUUUCCGGACCGAUUCAAGUAUAUGUAUACUGUGAGUAGGCCGGUACGGGAGGACUCCCCGGUUAGGAAGGGGUAUGUGGAUGAGGAGGUGUUAGGGAGGGUGGUGGAGAGGGAGACGAUGGGGCGGUCGAAGGUGUUUGUUUGUGGUCCGCCUGCUAUGGAGAAGGCCUUGGUGGGAUCUUGGGGGAAGAGUGGAAUUUUGGACCGCUUGGGGUGGGAGAAAGAUCAGAUUUUUCGGUUUUGA